AUGGGGGCCUCAUCGUCGUUCAAGCCGAUUCUAGGAAGUCGUAGUGCUUGCCCUUUAGAUCCCUUAGCUCACCGUGGUACAACCGUCGGUGUCGGUGUGGCUGUCCCUAAUCCGUACAUCACGUACGGAAACUACUAUAUACAUACCCUCCCUUCACCUUUCAAACACCACUUUCCCCUCCACCAGAACCUCUGCCAGAUCGAGAUGGAAAUUGCAGCUGGCGUCAUUGGUGCAGCCGGUACCGUAGCAGGGGUUGCGCAGACGUUCGCUUCAGGAUUCUCAGCGCGGCACGACCAAGCGCACGACGCUCAAGUCGCAGUGGUUAAUCAGAUCAAUGCAUUGUUCAUGAAGGCUUAUCGGGAGGGCGAGAUUUUGGAGGAGGAUUAUGAGCGGUUUCAAGUUCAGAAACUGAGGGUGCAUGACCUAGCUGCUGCGUACUUUGAUGCUAUUUGUACGUUCAAGAAGACGCAAAAGUUCUCGGUGCAGCAAAAGUUGAAGGCCAAGGACCAUGUUCGGGACUGUAAGAGGAAAUUGAGGGAGGGUGUACAAGAGCUGCAGAUGAUUUCCAAUAAUUCGGAAUCGAGUAAAAGAUUACAACCGGUGUCUGCAAUGGCGACUGCAGGGUCGGUGUACCAUGCAGGGCCGUUUGGACGGGAUGGGAUACAAGAAUGGGCCGCGGGGGUAUACGGCGAGAAACCAUUCUUCGCAGGGGAUAUCGAGGAGUGGGCUCGGAAUGUGUUGGUAGAUCAACGUGGCCGCCAUGCUGAUGUUAACCACGGUUACACCGAUGAACUACGAACAAACGACAGGCGCCUGUUCGAUCAACCGUUCCGAAUUCCUGACCCGACCCUGCGGGUGGGAGCUCAGCAGCGAUUGCCACCCGUUCCAGAGCCAUCUGGCUCGCGAUGGUGGUUCUUCGUUUCGAGAUUCACGCUGGUCCCUGGGCCAGCGUUCGAAGUGGAGGCGUUUCCGGUAGUCCAACACGACGCUGACGUGUGGAAACUGGAUAUUAUCGCGAGGUCGACGUCGAGGGCACCUUAUACCUACCACCCACCGGAGCACUACGUUUUCGCAUUCCAAUAUGCCACCCGCCAUCGAAUCCAGGCCAAGAGCCCAGCUACUUCACGACAGGUAAAGCUGCACCAACCACGUUGGACUGACGGCCGCGAAUGGCACGCGAAAUACCAAAUGAGUUUCCAAGGGCUCGUUCUUCGGAUGGCCUUCAGUUCUUCUUCGCCGUCAGAGGAGUCUAAGAUGUUGCAUUCUCCGACGUUCAGCUUUCCCCCGCCUCCGAGUCCGUCUGGGUUUGUGAUGGUGAAUGUUGCGACGUGUUGUGAGGCCCAUGGCCUUCAGGGGACGCAGUACCAGGUUUCGAGGGGGGCAAGUAGGGAGGUGUUUAAAGCUGCUUUGAAGUUUAAGGGUGGAGGAGGAAGAAGGAUGAGAAGCGAAAUGGGAGGAGAGCGGGAGGAGGAGGGCACCAAUGGGGAGUUUUGUUUGUAUUUUAGGGACCCGGCUGGGCGGGUGGAUCCGAAGCCGGUGACGGAGGGGGAGUGGCUCGAGUUGAUGGUGGGAUAUGAAGGUGGGCCGCUGGAUAUGGUCGUUGUGGUGGACGGGUGUAAAACCACUAGUUCUUGGUAG